AUGAAGGCGACAAAAGAUGGUAACUGUGCCGACACACAGUUCCGUUGUUCGUCGACUGUCCAGUGCAUUUCGUGGGACUUUUACUGUGACCUGAUCCAGGACUGUGUGGAUAAAAGUGACGAAACAACGUGCGUUCCGAGGCCAUGCGAUACAGAUGAAUGGCGUUGUUCUAACAACCAGUGCAUAAGCAGCUUCAAGGUGUGUGAUCUCACACCUGACUGCAGAGAUGGAUCUGAUGAACUCAUCUGUAAGAGAUGUAAAGGAUUUCGCUGUACUGACGGAACAUGCAUACCUUACAACUGGCAGUGUGAUGGAAUUGUGGACUGUUCUGGACCCGACAGAGAAGAUGAACAUAGUGAUCUUUGCUCAUUACUAAGUGCAAUUGAUUCAUCCACAAGUUCGGUAUGCUACUGGAGAGCAGAAGGAGGGUAUAAUGCAAUGCCUCGUUAUCUCACUGGAAUGGAUGGAUGUGAUACAGUUACAUGUGAAGAAGGUUAUUACAAAUGUCCACAUAGCUAUUGCAUACCUAUAGCUUUUGUUUGCAAUGGCGUCAUGGACUGUGUUGAUGGAGCAGAUGAAAGUGCUUGUUACAAGUACCAAUGUCCAGGCUACUAUAGAUGUAGAAAGAGCACGACGUGUAUCCGUUUGCAGAAAGUGUGUAAUAACAACGUUGACUGUCCUCAGGGCGAUGAUGAGAUGUCUUGUGAUUUCAGGUGUCCCUCUACCUGUAACUGUACUGGUUCUGUCCUUCGAUGUCUAGGAACCUUUUGGGGUAAUGAAACAUUUGGAUCGUUAACACGAAAGCUAGACUUGUCAUUUUCCAAUCUCGACCAGCUUACAGACAUAAGCUUCCAGGGACUGCAUAUGCUUGCUGUAUUGAGCUUAUCAAACUGUCACAUUCAAAAUUUAAAGUGGAAAUUUUGGGAACUAAAGAAUUUGAUGUCAUUAUAUCUGAGUUACAAUAAUAUAAGCCACCUGAAACGGAAUGCAUUUCGGGGAUUGCACAAUUUAAGACUCCUUGAUUUGUCGGAAAACAGGUAUUUAACCAUAAUUGAGAUUGGUGCUUUUGAUGAUCUUCAUCGCUUAACUAAACUUCGGUUACAGUACACUGGAAUUCAGAAACUUAGAAGAUUGUUGUUAAUUGCACUAUCAAACCUCAUCAGUCUAAACAUUUCGUACUCUAAAUUACAAUAUAUUGAAGAUCAUACUUUUAAAAAUCAAAAAUCACUGAAAUAUUUAUAUCUUGAUCAAACCAAAAUAUCAGAUUUUGGACACUACAUAUUUAAUGGCCUAGAUGAUCUUGAAAUCCUUCGAGCAGGUGUCUUCACGCUCUGCUGCCCACGUGUCAGACCAUCUUCUGUUGAAGAUGAUAAAUGUUUUGCUCCACAAGACGAAUUCUCGUCGUGUGAAGAUCUGAUGCAAAACAAUGUACUGCGUGCGUUUAUUUGGAUUCUUGGAGUAGCAUCACUUACUGGAAAUAGUUUGACAAUUAUUUACAGACUGUGUAUCGAUAAAUCAUCGUUAUCAAAAGGAUGUGGCUAUUUCAUUUUAAAUUUAGGAUUUUCAGAUUUUUUCAUGGGAGUGUACAUGAUUUUCAUUGGAUCAGCAGAUGUGCUUUAUCGAGGGAAGUAUCUUUGGUAUGCAAAUUUCUGGAAACAGAGCCCAUGGUGCAAAACCGCCGGAUUUCUCUCAACAUUGUCAUCUGAAGUAUCUACAAUGCUAAUCUGCCUAAUAACUCUCGACCGUUUGUUAGCAAUAAAGUUUCCGUUUGGACAGAUUAGAUUCAAUAAAAAGUCAUACAUUGUUGCUUGUGUGCUUGCCUGGUUGUUAGGCAUGGCGAUGGCUUUGGUACCUCUUCUACCUGCAACAAGCCAUUGGAAUCUCUUUGGCCGUAACAGCGUGUGUCUGGCUCUACCUCUUUCAAGAGAUCGGGCACCAGGUUGGCAGUAUUCGACUAGCAUCUUUUUGGGAUUUAACCUUGUGGCAUUUACGUUCAUUGCCGUUGCACAAGUCGUCAUCUAUCGAGUGAUGAAAAGUGUUUCAAUUGUAAAGGAUAAGAAGCGACUGACUCGAGAACGUGCUGUUGCUCGGAAACUCAGUCUGGUAGUAUUAACUGAUUUCGCCUGCUGGUUUCCAGUCGUCAUUAUUGGACUAGCAGCACUCGGUGGAGUUCCUAUUGCUGGAGAGAUUUAUGCCUGGACAGCUGUCUUCAUACUGCCAGUUAAUUCGGCUCUCAACCCAUUUCUGUACACCUUGUCAGCUUAUAGGCAGAAACGGAAAGACGAAUCUAAGCUGGAAAUGUAUCAGCAACCUCAGACUAAAUGUACUGAACGAAAGUACAGUAGUUCUGGUGAAGACUGCCCACGGAGGGCAAAACGUGAGAAAAACUUCUUUGUUGGGUGUCCAGAAGAUAACAUGCAGCAACUCCAGUCAUAUCUGGAAAGCGCCUCGCCAUCUCAAGUGGUUGCCACGAUGUUAGCAGUGUUUGAAGCUUUGCCAGUCUUACAGGACACAGUAGGAAAACAUGACACGCUUACUGGAGAAAACAUUUUUAUUGGCUGUCUGAACAAGAACGUGAAUAGAGUCUGUUUCGACGUGAGUGACACUAAGAGUGGACGUGUUUCUACUAUGUCUGAAGAGUUGCAUAAUGUGUGUUCGGUGUUUCAAAACGUGCAGCAGAAAUAUUAGUUUAAAAAUAUGAACAUUAAUAUUUUUCGUCACAAUUUGCACAUUACAUUUCAGCAGCAUCCAUCAGUUAU